CGCGGCUCUGGAUCGAUUACGAACGUCUGUUGUGCGAUGGUAUGGCGGCUGUUUGAGUGUUUUGAAGGCUGCAGCUUAAAGGAGGGUCAUUUGUGAGACUUGGCAGCCGGCGCUGAGCGGACAUGGGCCGCCACUCGUCAGACAGCGAGGAUGACAGCCGCAGCAGGCGCAAAAAGAAGCACAGACGGCGCUCGUCUUCCUCCUCUUCCUCCUCCAGCUCAUCGGGGAGCCGAGUGACCAGCCGCAGUAAACACUCGAGCAGACGAAGCCGCUCACACUCCAGAGAGAGAGACCGAGACAGGAGGCGCAGGCAUCGCUCCAGCAGCAGCUCCUCAAGAAGCUCCAGCCGCAGGAAGCGAAGCCGCAGCACUGAAAGGAGGCGGAGCCGAAGCACAGAUAGGGGGCGGGGUCACCGAUCCCGCCGCUCUCGCUCCCACUCCCGCAGUCGCAGGAGGUCUCGUUCCCGUCAUCGCAGAUCCCGCAGCCGGAGUAGCGGCAGAUCCAGCAGGAGACGCAGCCGCAGUCGAAGCAGAGACCGUGACCGCAGGACUCGAGGCAGGGACCGAGAGAAAGACAGAGGACGUGACCGAGGCCGUGACAAGGAUAAAGAGGACAGCAAAGCCAAAGAAAAGGAAAAACAAGGGGACGCGGGGAACAUCAAAGCCGGAUUAGAACAUCUGACAGCAGCUGAACAGGCAAAGGCUCGACUCCAGCUAGUGCUCCAGGCUGCAGCGAAAACAGACGAGGUGCUGAAAGCAAAGGAAAAGAAAGAAGAGGAGGCAACGAAGAUCAAAGAGGAAGAGGAGGUCUCUCUUGCCGAGCAGGUGAGGAGGAUAAAGGAGAUCGAGGCCAUCGAGAGCGACUCUUUUGUUCCUCAGGCUUUCAAAUCAUCCCGGGACGCCACCAAGGUAACUGAAUCUGUGGAAAUCCAGGAGGCGGGGUCUGGUGUCACGCCCACUGUGAAAGAGGAAGUCAUCGCUUUUCCCACUGCAAUCAAGUACAGUAACAGCGACACACUCGCUCACCCCAGCUUAUUCAUAGACAAAGAGGAGGCGGAGAAGUUGUGGCUGAAUCGACUCCUAUCACUGCGCCAGGAGAGGCUCAUGGGAAGUCCUGUGGCCUGAACUUGACUCUGCAUAAUGAAGAUAUGAAGAUCAGCUUCUUAAAUAUUAUUUUUUUCCCCCUUUUAAUCAUGGUACAUUUUAUUAAUAGAAGCUGCUCGAUUGAUUUAAUUCAGGAAGCUGAUAAACUUGUGGGUGAUUCAUUAAACCGUCGGGGAUUUUGUUAGAUUCAUAUAAUUGACCUGUGUUAAUAGUAUUAAUGAUUUAUUAUUUUUUUUUUGUGUGUGUGUGUGUGUGUGUUAAAUCCUAGGAGUUCAGCUUUAGCUCCAGAGUCAGCUUGCCAUUUAAGGAACACUUAAGGAAUAUUUGGUUUCUCUUAAGAGUCAGAAAAAAGGGAAUAUGGAGGAAAAUCACAUUAUCAUACUACAGAGAUCAAACUUCAUUUGCCUUCUUCAUGUGAUGCCAGAACUAUGAUGUAUUUUCCUUUUCCCGGGAAGUUGAAAUGGCUAAAUGGAGUUUAGAAAUAUUGUUACAUCAGUGACACACAAUAUGUUGUCGUCUCAUAAACUUUCUCAACCCGCCAAAAAGGCUGAUUAAAUGUUAGUUUUGACAAAAAUGCAAGAAAAUUUAUGAACCUGUCAGCAUGACUUUUUUUAAUUGGCGAGCACAAAGUGAGCACAUCUUUCUAGUGAGUAUGAGAAACUUUUUACAUUUUUCAACAAAAUGUCACUGCAAAGCAUGAUGUUCAGUGAUACCGAGGAUCUAAAGAAGAAAAAUAUACGCCCACAUAGAUAAGAUUCUGUUUAUUUUCUUCCUUUGUUAGAACUCUGGAACUGUAUUAUACAUCAUAGGAUAGUUUGUCAUUUUUCUUGAUGUUUUCCAAAAUAAAAAAGCUCUGUUUUAUGGCCCAA